CAUCAAACCCAAAAGUCCUCUCUCUCUCUCUCUCUCUCUCUCUCUGCCUUCCUAUAUAUCAACAAACAAACCAAUUUUAUCUCAAAUUCUCAUCAGCUCUGUCUGUCUUUCUCCAUCAUCCUCUCUUCUUGUCUUUGAAGAAGAAGAAGAAAGAAAGAAAGAAGAAGAAAUGUCCAUAAACCACUUCUCCCAAGACUUUCAAGAAACCCUCUGGUGGCGGUCUCAGUACUCUCAACCUCCGGUCCAGCCCCACCACCAGGCCUGGCUCAACUAUCCCUACCACUCCGCCUCCUCCCCUCACAGCCUCAGCUUCAACCUCAACCGAGCGGGCGAAGACGACGAGUCCUCAGAGCUCGAAGAGCAAGUCAUCGAGAGCAGUGCCACUAACAAUAAUUAUAUGCAAGACCUGGAAGUGACCGAGCUCGAGAAGGAGCUGCUCUUCGAGAAGCCGCUGACCCCCAGCGAUGUCGGGAAGCUCAAUCGCCUCGUGAUACCGAAACAGCAGGCCGAGAGGUACUUCCCGCUGGGCGGCGAGUCGGGGGAUAAAGGGCUGCUCCUCAGCUUCGAGGACGAGUCCGGCAAAUGCUGGAGAUUCAGGUACUCGUAUUGGAGCAGUAGCCAGAGCUACGUGUUGACAAAGGGGUGGAGUAGGUACGUGAAGGAGAAGAGGCUGGACGCCGGCGACGUAAUUCUAUUCGAGCGCCACCGGAUAGAUAUGGACAGGCUGUUCAUAGGGUGGAGGCGCCGUGGGGCGGAGAGCGGCCAGGCGGCGCAGCCCAAGGGGUGGACGGGGACCGCCGCCGCCGCCACAUCCACCACCAGAGCCAGAGGAACUUUCUACAAUUCUUAUCCUACGCACUCCGGGGGGCAUGGGCCUCCUGUGUCGACAGACUGCACUCCCCCAGCCCCAGGAUCUACUUCGCAGAAUCAAACUAUCAUAGCACCCGGGAACUCGAAGACAUUGAGGUUAUUCGGUGUAAACAUGGAGUGCCAGCUCGAUGAAUCGGAACCAUCCACGCCUGAUGGCUCAUCUCUCUCGAGCCUUGGGCUGGGGCACCAGCCCAUGUACUCCCAGUCCUCUCACUACUAUUCUCCAAACCAUCAUCAAAUGACAAGUUGAUAUAAUAUUAUGGGAAAAUCAGAUAAGGCUCCCCGUGCGCACAUGGCUGAAGAAGGUUAGCUCCAAAAUUUAAAGAACCUGUGACUGAAUAAAGCCAUUUUGGUCUUCUUCCAAUUAAUUAAACUCUAUGUUAGGCCUACCUUGAUCUGUGGCACGUUUCUUUUCUUCCCCCAACAACUUCAACACUUACACGUAACUACGAACUAUCUAUCAUCUCGAGAAAAAAAAAUUUAUGAGGUACAAGAAGAUAAAUUAUAUUUCACAUGAAAUGAACUUUACUUAUAAUAUAAGAAUUUAAAACUGAUUGAAAGCACAUCGUAAUUCUUGUAGUUGAUUUAUAAAAUAAUAAAUAUGGGGUCCCAAAAAGGCAUUUUUCUUCUCACAAGAUGCAUAAGCAUUAAUAGAGGAGAAGAACAAGAAGAAAGUGUAACAAUAAAAUGGUCUCCUGUGUUAGUAGCAAUAAGGCAGGGGGUAAUGGAUCUGCUAGGUCCAUGUGAGAUCUUAUUUAUUUUAUCGUAAUAUGCACAGAAAAAGUUUAUAAUAGUUUCUUGAUUGAGCAAUAUUUUAUUAUAAGCAGUAGGGUGACAUAAAGACAGAUGCAUUGAAAGAAGAAAAGAGAUGACGAUAUUAUAUUACAUUAUAAUAUAUAUGUAUAAAAGAAUUAUGGUCAUUCAAGAUUAGCAUGCCAUACCAGCUUGAUGAUCCUAUUUUGCCUUUUCCUAUCUCCCGACAAAAGCUUCCUUUAGGCAAAUUAAUAAUAGCCCCACCCCAUUUAUCAUAUGCAAGAACUGCUACGACAACAUCGAGUCGUAUCGGAACAUCGACUUAUGUUUAAGAUUCGAAUGUUAUUGUUGUUGUUGUUGUUAUAGUCAUGGUUUAGUAAUGGAUGUAUUUUAUUAAGGGUUUUGCUAAUAUGAAUUCUUGUUACUGUAACACAUUUAAUAAAUUCAAGUGUUUAGUAAUUCAGUUUAUGUAUUUAAUAUUUUUAGUAAUCGUGAUUAGAAUAAAUAUUUUUUACUUGUAUUUUCAAUUAAAGUUUAGUAUUAUCAUUGAAAUGUUUAUUA